AGAAAAUGAGCGGAUAAUAAAACCACUGAAUCUGUUUGCUUUAGUUGGAAGCAUUAAGAGACCAGCCAUGGCUUCUUCUUCUUCAAUCUCAUUAUCCUGCGCACCUUCUUUGGCCACCUCACUCUUCUCCACCACUUCUUGUUCUUCCCCAACGCUGCUCUCCUCUCGAUUUCUCGGAACCCGAAACUUAAAGCUUCAGAUCCGACCUGCCAGACUCGGACCCUCCAAUGGUUCAAGAACCACUUGCUGGUUCAAGUUCGGCAAGAACGGCGUCGAUGCUGAAAAUGCCGGAAUCUAUGGCAGUCAGUCUCGCGAUGAUUUCGACAGAGACGAUGUUGAACAGUAUUUCAACUACAUGGGUAUGCUUGCGGUAGAAGGUACCUAUUCAAAGAUGGAAGCUCUUCUUAGCCUAAACAUUCACCCAGUCGAUAUCUUGUUGAUGUUAGCCGCUACAGAAGGUGACAGACCUAAGAUCGAGGAGCUGCUCAAAGCUGGUGCUGAUUACUCAGUCAAGGAUGCUGAUGGAAGAACCGCUAUUGACAGAGCCAACAGUGAAGAGAUCCGUGAUUUGAUCCUUGGCUACAACGCUCAAAAGGCUUGAAGAACUUGUGCAUUGGUAUUAAUACACAGGAACCACACAAGUUAUGUUCAUGAGUUUUGAAAUGUUUUGUUUGCUAAAACAAACUGUCUUUCUGUGUUCCGCGGAUGAGUAGAUUAUAAAAUCCAUCUUUUUCCUUUUCGUCU